CGCAGGAGGAUAUUUACAGAACUAUACACAGAUACCACAGAUUUACACGGAAUAACAAGUGUUUAGCACAAACAGAAAUUCACUCUCACGGACUUCGAAAUCAGCAUGGACAUCGUAUUGGUGUCGAUGUUCCUACAAGUCUCCAUAUUUGGUUUUGGUCUCGCGGAAUACGACAUCAAAAUCGUAGAUGUGGAUGUUCCAUGGAAUGAGGCAAGUCAAGGGUGCGAAAACAUUGGAUAUGGCAUUUUGGACCCCACGAUGGUGUCAAAGACUACACUCGUGUCUCACGGACUGCUUCAGGAAGGAGAACAAUAUUGGACGAGCCAAUACAAGUCAAGGUCUCCAUUCUACUGGAAACUUGGGUGCUACGGCGUUACGGACAGGAGCUCGCUGAAUGAGACGGACUUUGGAAAUGAAAAUUCAGUCUAUCAGUGUUCACAAAAAUGUGGGGACGUGCAAUAUAUUGGAUUAGAGAAUACAACUUGUUACUGUUUCCCGGCUUCAGCAAGGUUAUCCAAAGAAUCCAAAACCCCAUGUACGACUCCUUGUCCAGGGAACGCCGAUGAAAUUUGUGGAGAGUCCGGAUCUGGAAAAAUGUCAGUGUACCGGAAGUUGGACGUAUCUGAGGAUUCGGUGACCCUCGACGGGAAUAAAGGAGACUGUGUUACAAUCAACAAGGAGGAUGUCGAAAAAUUAUAUGAUUAUUACUCGUACGACGAACAUCAGCUAUUCACCGAUCAAAUCUGUACGGAGGAAAGGACAUUUUUCUGUCGAAAUUAUCAGUAUGACCCACUUGAUAUCAGCAGUGAAAUAUUCAUUUUCAACGCAGAAAACAAGACAUGGUAUGAUGCACAGCAAUUCUGCCUGUCGCAAGGUAACGACAUGGCCUACAUCGACGGUUCAAACGCCCUAGGUGUUCUUAGCAGAGACAUGAUACCAGUAGGAUCCGAAAGUUGGGUCGGACUAUUCAGAACAACUGUCGAAAUCUCAAUAGCCAGAAGUGAUGUCCCCAGUGAUCCUGUGUCAUGUCGUUCAAUCUCUUCAAACGGAAAAGUACUCGAGAAAAUGUACCAGCCAUGCAUGAAUAAACUCAAGACACUUUGCAUGAGGGAAACAACUACAACUGAAGCACCUACAACUGAAGCACUUACAACACCAUCGUCAACAACGGAAGCACAAACAACAGAAACGCCUACAACAGAAACUCCAACGACGGAAACGCCUACAACAGAAGUAACAACUACAGAAACGCCUACGACAGAAGUAACAACUACAGAAACGUCUACAACAGAAACUCCAACGACGGAAACGCCCACAACAGAAGUACCAACUACGGAAACGCCAACAACAGAAGUACCAACUACAGAAACGCCUACAACAGAAGUACCAACUACGGAAACGCCCACAACAGAAAUUCCAAUUACGGAAACGACUACCACAAAAGUACCAACUACAGAAACGCCUACAACAGAAGUACCAACUACGAAAACGCCCACAACAGAACCACCAACUACAGAAAUAUUAGCAGUUGUUGAUACAGAGGAAACAACGCUGACGAGUUCUAUUAUUACAACGAGUAUGUCUGCGGCAGGUUUACCAGGAGCAGAUACAUCAACAAAAACGCUGACAACGAAAGAGACGACAACUGAAGAAAAUAUCAUACACCUAAAACCGAACGAAGUCAACGUAGCCGAAAAGAAGGUUGGCAAUAAUGAGGACGAUGGAGCAGGCACCAAAGACUCAGGACUUUUAAUCAUCUUGAUAGCCUUGGCUGUGAUUCUUGUCAUUGCAAUAAUUCUAAUGGCAUUGGCUUACAAAAGGUACAAGAAGAAUAGAAGCUACCAGAAAGUAAGCCUGAUGACAGUGACACCAUAUCCAAAAUCAAGCAGUGGGACCCAUGCCACUCAGACUCCUCCAUCACCUGUUAAAACGCCAACACCCAGAAAACCAGCAAGAACGACCAGUAUGAAAGAGAACAGAAUGCUCUUGGAUAUUUCACAAGGCAAUUUCGUAUCCCAGAGCGACCAGUACGUACCAGGAACGCGUGAUGACGUGAGCUGGAACUUGCCUUUCAUCGACGCAUCACGUGAGACGUUAGAUAAUAUUGAUGAAACGAAACCCGUAAUGGUGCGAAGAACAAUACUUCUCAGUGAAGAUGAGGCCAGCAACCUGAAUAUAGGUCAACCAAACGCUUCCGUCGAUUUAGACGACAAAGUUUCCCAUUCACAUUCCAAUCAAGAUACUGAUGCACCAGAAUGCAAACCCAUGUUGAAUUCCAUUGAAGGCGAUGAUGAUAUAUUUGACGAUAACAUCGACUCACAGUUACCGAGAUCUCCCAGUGAACGUAUUGACUUGCUUUUCCGACAAUCACUUAGUGGGGAAAAUGAGUGAUUUGUUUAUAAAAUUCAUUGUGAUUACUUACCAACCAAGGCCUAAGUUUAGAUUACCAAACCAAUCCAGAUGAAUUUCUUUAGAUUUAGUUUUUUUUCCUCAAAUAAAUUUAAUAUAAGACAACUUUUACAGUCUAACAUUUUUAGUACAUUGGCUAAUUUGCUUAUUAACCUGCACUCUAAUAGCAUGACACUAACCCUAAAACGUCGACCCAUUUUUUAAUUUUUUUAGCAUUAUUCUUUUUUUAUCGCAUUUGCGAAUGUCAUUAAUCAUUAUUGUUUGUUUUUUAUUUGAAAUAUUUUGUGUAUUAUUUUAUCAAUUGCUUUAAUUGUUUUAGUUGUAGUAGCGAUGGUCUCUUAAAUAAUGAUAAUGUAGAUCAAAAUUUACCUGUUCAGUUGAAAUAUUUUUUGUGACAAAAUUGUUUAUUAUACAUUUUGUUCUACCGGUUUUUAAUGUCAUAUGAUAUAUUUACAGCUACAUUGUACAUUUCAUUACAACUGAUUCAUUUCAAAGCUUUAAAAUUCAGGAAAAUAAUCUACCUUCCAGGUCUGCUUUAUGGACUACGAUCGAAAUUAAAUGUAUUGCUCUAUGAUUACUUAGAUACUUAAACCUUGUGUCAUUUGAGUCUCAAUCAGUAACAGUGUUAUAUCAGAAUUUCUGAAAUUUAGUAAAAUUCUACUCACAAGUCAAAUAAAUUUAAAUGACCAUCGGAGAUAAAUGAAAACAUUAUGUAUGUUUGUAUUUGGCAGCGAUAAGUAUAAAUGCAAGUCAAACAUUUUCUUAUUCGCGGUACUGGUUUUACUCUAAAUUUAAUAUCUGAAUUAUAACUUUUUUGUAUCUUUUCAAACAGCAAGAACUUUCACUGUCUGCAAUAUUAUUCCAAAGAAUAUAUUUGAAUGGUGUCCAUGGUGAAUAAUAUCAAGGACAGCAUAAACCACAAAAAUCGUUGGGAAAUAUGCUAAUUUACAAGUUUUGAAACGCUUUAUUAUAUUUUGACUAUAUACUGGUUUUAUCAACAUAUUGUAACAACACGGGCUGCUUUGGAGCUAUAUGCUACAUCACUACAAUACAAUUUGAAAUUUCCUCGUUUAUCAAAAUCUUAUUAUGAAAAUUGUUUAAUUGCAAUUGAAGUUAAUGUUGGUGUAUAGAAAUUAUUGUUUGUAUUGUUUACAAAUUUAUAUACGUUCCAAAUAAUUGUGAUGGGGAGAAUGUUGUUGAAAUAUAUAUCCAUUUGAGCAAGAGGACCAAUGUCAUCGUUCCACGCCAUGAUGUAGAAGAUUUGAAAAAAAAACCAACUUUGACCUGUAAUUUCAUGUGCUUCAACCUACAACAAUUGAACAAAAUAACAACUAGGACCAUGCAACUACAUUUUCACGACAGUAUCAUGUGUAUCAAUGAAGUUUUAAGGAAAACACCUAUAAAAAACAGGCCUUCGAUAUUGUCUACCGAAGGAACUAGUGACAGAGACACUCAUGCUACUCUACUAAAAAAGGGAGAUAAUCCUGUGAUGACAGACAUUUAUACGAGUAAUUUGAAUCUGACUGUACCACAAAAAUGGAUUCGGCUGUUGGGACAACCGAGUAUUUACAACCAAACUAUGCAAACGUGCAGCAGAAGGACGAAAAUGAUCACCGCAAAAAAUAUGAACCGUCUGGUCUUGUCAUGCUGUUAAUAGCCUUGGCGGUGAUUUUCCUCAUAAUCGUCAUCUUACUUGCUUUCGCUUUUCACAGGUAUUGGAGGCGAAGAACUGAUCAGAAAAUCCGUUCGGUGACCGCUCAGUCGCAUCAGAUGCUAAAUAACGGAACGGUCGCUACAGAGACUCAAACAUAUUCCCCAGUCAAAACACCUCCACAAAAACCUGCCAGGUCAAGUUUGAAGACUGACCAACACCGAAUUUCUUACGAGAACGUUCUCUUAGACGUAUCGCAAGGCCGUUUCAUUUCCCAGAAUGACCAGUUCACACCAGGUACUCGCGAUGACGUCAGUUGGAACUUACCUUUCAUUGAUGCAUCACGUGACUGCCUGGAUAAAAUAGAUCAAACGGAACCCGUUACAGAAAAUCUAGGAGAAUCGAAAGCUUCAUAUAAUAUAGAAAACAUUGAAUCACAAUCACAGACAGACCUUAAAAACAAUUCUCCGGAAAGGGAGCCAAUGCUAGACAACAACGAUAACAUUGAUGACGAAGAUGAUGUUUUCGAUGAUAACACGAAGUGUCGUUUACCGAGAUCCCCAAGUGAACAGAUCGAUCUUCUGUUCAGAAUUUCACUAAGUGGGGAAAACGAUGCAUAAAUUCUCCUGACAUUUUAGAUGGUAAAACGUCCUCUAUAACCUACUAGUGAAAUACAUGUGCUUACCUGCAAUAAAUUCAACAGCAAUAGCGUUAAUAUUUUGUUUUGAUUGUCAUGUCUGAUAAAAUUUGAUUUAUGUGCAUAUCAUGCAGAAAAUACCUUAAUCCACUUCAAUUGUUGUGAAAUAUAAACAAGGUAGGGAAGCAGGAUGGAAUUUUUUUGCAGUUUCGAAGAGCUCCUUCAAAUUUAGUAUAGACAUUUGUCGACCGAAUUGUUUUGUAAAUAACCACUUCUUUACAAUGUUAAAAUCAGAUACAUGAAUAAUUUCGACUUAUGCCUCAACCACACCUGCAUGUACAUUUUCCUAUUUGAUAUAAUAAGCAUAUGUAACGCCAUGGAUUAAAAUCCAUAUCCAGGCUCUUAUCAGAUGCUUUCUAAACUUACUUCGCUGCGCAGUUUUGCCAACGGAAUAAUAUGACUUUACGAUGCAUUGCCUGUUUUCUGUGUACCUAUAUAUACUCCUGAUGUGUACGCACGAGCUGUAUUAGAUCGCUUAUCAUACAUAUAAAUGCAUCUGAAUGUGUAGGUCAAUGACUUAUGUUUUUCAUUUAACCUUUGAACAUAUCGUUAUAAAUGCCCUUGAGUCGCAUGCGUAUGCAUGUAUGUAUGCCAUAAAGUAAUAUUUACAUGUAUAUUAUAUCUUGGGAGUAAACAUAUAUGUCAGAUAUAUAUAAUGCUUCAUAUUAUAACUGAUUUAUAAUGCUCCUUAAAUGUCUAUCUGUUUACUUUACGGACUGUGCAAUGGUAGUUCAAUAUAGUGUGAUUGCUUAAUGUGCUAGUAUUGUAUCCCUUUCGUACAAUUUAUCUCAUGAUUUGCUGUUCUCACAUCAGCUUUUUGAUAUCUAUAUAUGUGUAAUUGGUUACCUGAAUUUUCAUUUUACCCUAUGUAUUCCUAUGAUAUAUAAGAAUAGCUAUUAUUUUUGUUAUUUAAACCGGUGAUAACAUGUUUUAAUGCAAUAACGACCAUUUGAACUGUUUCAAUGGAAGUAAUGCAAAUUUUAUUUCCUGCAUGUUUGUGGGUUUAAUAUUUCAAGGUGACUGAAUAAGGCCAUACUGAUACUUAUUCUAUAUCAAUGCCCUAGCUCAGUAGGCUGUGGUCCUGACAUAUUAACAUUAUAUACUCAUUAGGUAACCUAGAACCCAAAUAUAGCUACAUAAAACCAACACAUAGUACCCUAGUAUCCUUACGUAACGACAUGGGUUCUCGGAAGUCCUUACAUAUUAAACACAAGUGCAUAUCAUCUUUCAAUACGAAAGAAAACAUUACAUACAGCUGAUUCGUCCUUCAGAGACAAAGGUGACUAACAAAGGAAUUUAGAAUGCUUGCUAACUUAGUUAUUUAAAAUCCUUAGUUGGUAAGCUAUCCUAGGACCCUAAUUGAAUAUGUUAUUUAGACUGAUUAAAUGUUCUUUUGUCAUGGCUCUAGGUUACUAAGUUAGGACUUACAAAGAAAAAAUAUGCAUGUCCUGUUGACAAAUCGUACAAUCUUAAAGAGAAAUGUUCAUGCUUGUACACGUGGCCAUUGGAUGUAAUAUGUACAAUUGAACUAUUUUUCACACAUUAUUUUAUGUAAAAGGUUUAUAUUAUAUAUUAUGAACAUAAAUGAUUUUGGUACCCUUUACUUAAAGGAUUUGUCUCUACGUAUUUUUGUUUUUGUAUGAAAAACUUUAUCAAUGAAAUAAAGAAUAUUUUCCAUGCA